UGAGAGACUGAGACACAGAAAAGAGACACAUUGAGACACCCACAGCCGUGGGAACAAGAUAACUCUCCACAAUCCUCUGUUUCCUCUCAGCUGAAACCAUGGAUGCGACCAUGGCCAAGACCACCGCUAGCUUUCUCUCCACUGUCUCCAGCAUGACCCCCACCUCCAUGACCUCCCUCCUCGGCAUUACCACGGACGCGAGGAUGGAACGGGACAAUGUCACUGCAUCCAGAACAACAUUCAUGACCACUACCAUUACUAUAACAACAACCAAUGAGACAAGCUUCAAUGCCACCAAGCUGCCAGAGGUGGCGUUAGAGGGCUCUGGGAUGGGCAUGGUGCUGGUGCCCUUUGGCAUCAUCACUGUCAUUGGCCUGGCAUUGGUCAUGAUGCUGUAUAUCAGGAAACGGAAGAGACUGGAGAAGCUGAGGCACCAGCUGAUGCCCAUGUAUAACUUUGACCCGGCAGAGGAACAGGAUGACCUGGAACAGGAGCUACUGGACCACAACCGUGACGGCAACCUCACAGGACCCAAUAACAAGACUCUCACGACCUCCCAGGGGAUGACGCAGAGGCCCAGUCGCCUGGUCUUCACAGACGUAGCCAACGUUCUCAAUGCAUAACAGAGUCUUCCAUGCAUGAGAGGAGACUGGGGGGGAGUGGGGACAAGCUGUCCCAUCAUGGAGAUCUGUCGCUCAGGAAAGAAAGGAAAACUGUAUUGAAGGCCAUGGAAACAUACGGAUGUUUGGAGGAUGUUUUCCAGGGUGGGCUAUAAGGGAAUUCUGAUGUUUUAGUUGUAGCGUUGUCUUAUUUUCAUAAUUCCACAUUGUCUACAGUUCAUAACUUGUCUUCAGUGACUAUGGUGGGAAAUAUGGGGAAAUUAUGUGAAUAAUGAUUUUGCACUGGUUGUUAUUUGUUGCACAAAUACUUCCAAGUGUGGUGCAUUGUUGGAUCGCUCUCUUUCUCUGUAGUAAUGUUGUUGUUUUUUCACCUUUAUUUAACCAGGUAAGCCAGUUGAGAACAAGUUCUCAUUUACAACUGCGACCUGAUAUUGGUGGCAGAACUGGAACUUCAACAUCCUUCUCUAAUGAAAACUUUGUCUAGAAUGUAUUAUUUAUUUCCACAUGUUCGUAUUUUGCUGCUAAAUGUAGACAACCACAUUUGACAAGUGAUUCCUAUAAAACGGUUUUGCAAAAUGUU